UAUUUCUAUUUAGGUGGAAGUCAAUGAAAUUUUUAAGUGUAUUGACAAGAUGAUGGAAAUGAUAACCAUGUUACUGAAAAUCAAAUGCAGUGUUCCAGAGGCAUCAGUAAGUGUAAAGACAAAAGAAAGAAGCUGAAAAUCUAGAGCAAUCAUGUCAAGCAUAAUCGGAGAAGAUCUAACAAUUCAUACAGAUUCCAGUGGAUCUAGGUCAGUGGUCAAAGAGAAAAGUGAGAAAAAACACCACAAACACAAGAAAGAGAAGAAGAAGGAUAAGAAAAAAGACAAGAAAAAACACAAACAUAAACACAAGGAUAAAGACAGAGAGAAAAAGAAGGAUGAGGAGGUCAAAGGUUAUGAGAGUUCACCCAGAGGUGAAUCAAUGGAUAGUGUGGAUCUGCAGAAAGUGUUGGAAAAAAAGAAGGCAGAGCUUUCCAAUUUGAAAGAGGAAAAGAAGGAAGGGGCUUCUGAUUCUAAAGUGAAAAUUAGCAGGAAAUCUCCAGAGACUUCAAAGGAAGAUGCCACUAAAAGCGUUAAAAAAACUGGGAAAGGGGAGAAGUCAGAAAAAGAUAAUCUAGGUCACACUCAAAAUGUUAAGUUAGAGACUGAUAUACCAAUGCCUGCAUCUCUAGAUGACAUUCCUGUACCUGCCCCACCUUCAAAAUCGCAGGCAAACAGUAAAGACAAUAGAGGUGAACAAAAGACCAAUGGAGAUAAAGUGACUUCAGAAAACACAUCUGUGAUGGGAAAAACAACAGAAAUUGAGAUAGAAAAUGUUCCUUUACCACCCCCGCCAGCAUUAGAUAGCAUUCCCAUCCCAGAUCAGGUCAACCCACCAAAAAAGAAAGUUACUGCGGAGAAAGUGAAAGUUGUGAAGCCUCCCAAGGAAACAGUCAAAGCUAACCCAUCACCUAUCCCAUCCCCUGUUCCUCUCCCUGUACCCCCUCCCCCAGGAAACCCUUCAGUCACCAUCCCCACCCCCUCAAACUUUCAAGCCACCAUACGAGAAUCAAUGCUGAGAGAAGUUGGGAAUGCGGAGACAGGUUUGCCCCAGAAUAUUGUGGAUGAUUUCUUCAAGGAUUUCUUGGCAUCAAAAAUGAAACAGAUCGAAUCAGAGUACAAAUUAAUGACUAAACAACUGGCCCUGGAGGGGCAGAAGAAAGAGGGGGAGGGAGUGGCCAGUUCUGUCGAGGAAAUGAAUAAACUCUUGGAUGAGGAACUUUCCACCAUAGCCACAGCAACUCAGGAGAAUGACAAAAAGAAGUCUUCUAAAUGGGACUCCAAAGAGAAAUCAGGUACCAACAAUGGUGAGAAAGCUGAGGUGAUGCCAGAAGGGAAGAAAAUGGAGGAAGGCAGCGAUAAACCAAAAGUAGAAGUACAGAUAGGAACAAAGAAGGGAGGUAAACUGCAGAUGGAGUUCAAAAUCACCAAGACAAGUGCCGACAUGAUUUCUUCAGGGGAAAUUAUUGGAAAGAAGAAUCUAGAGGAUGGUGAAGUGUCAUCGUCUGAUGAUAAUUCAGAGUCUGACGAAAGCGAUGACAAUGACAACGUGUCAGGAACUGGUUCCAUUUCUGACUCAGACAAAGACUCUAAGUCCUCGAAAAAGAAAAAGAAGAAAAAGGAAAAGAAGAAGAAAAAGAAGAAACACAAAAGCAGAGAACCGUCUGAGAGUGAAUCCAAAAGCAAACGUAAACAUUCCCACAAAUCUAGGUCAAGGUCAAGAUCACCAAAGAGGAGAAGAUCAUCCAGGUCAAGGUCGAGAGAAAGGUCAUCUUCAUCCAGUAAAUAUAUCUAUGAUGCAUAUCAGUACAGGGACAAGGUUCGUGAAAAUAGUGAUAGAGACAGAGACCGUCGCUACGAUCGUGACCGCGGUCGUGAGAGAAGUGGUUACAAGGACAGAGAUUUCAGAGAUGACAGAGGUCGUCGUAGCAAAAGGUCACGAUCCAGGUCACGAUCUAGGUCAAGGUCAAAAUCCAGAGAGAGGCCUUUCCGUAUGUCUGCAGAUCUCAGAGUCAAGAUAGACAAAGCCAAACUAAGGGAAAUUGCAAUAAAAAAUGCCAUUGCCAUGGCGAAGUCAGGACAAGUGUCAAACAUUGACCUGGCUGCCAUUAAGUCAGGUGGAAAGUCCAUUGAUGAGCUGACAGAUUUCUGUAAGAGGAUCUCCUCCAAAUCAAAACACAGACGAGACAGCUCCUCCUCCUCAUCCUCCGAGGAAGAGGCAGGGGACAAAAAGGAGGAGGAUGAGGAGUUUAUACAUCAUCCAUUUAAAGUCAGGGAUGCCAGCAGUAUUGUACUGAACAUUAGGGAUUCUAAACCACUGCCAAUAAGAACGCCAGCAGAAAAACUCCAAGGCUCAGCAAAUCUACGACUGCAGUUUCCCGUCUCCAGUGGCAGCACGCAUCGCCAGAAGGAGUCAGAGUGGGUGCCGGUGGAGAAGACCACCGCCGUGGCAACUACCACCACCUCAGCACCGGCCACCACCAUCGCCAGCAGCUCCACCCCCUCAGAUUCUGUGCUGAUGCCCCCACCUCCUGUUCCCUCCGCCGCUCCACUACCUGUAGAUGUCCCACCUAACCCCGUCCGUCCUGAGGAUAGGAUAUUUCCUGAGACUCCCACCGUGGCAGUGGAUAUUGGGUCCAUUAUCUCGGAGAGACUGAGUGCAUUCAAGAAAUUGAAGGAGAAUCCCCACGACAUAGAGGCCAUGACAACUCUAGGAAAAGUUCAGGAAAAAGCUAGUCUUUGGGCCCAGUCCAAAAACCUUCCAGGAAAGUUUAUGGGCAGCACAGGUGCUCAUGUCAUGUCCCAAGAAGAGCUGAUAGGACCAGACAAAAAGAGACAGGCCUGGGCCAGAAGGAAAAGGAAAACUAAAGCUAAGCAGAAAGAAUUUAAAAACAAGUAUUCCACUGAAGUUGUUAAAAAAAUUAUCUACAGAAGUCUGAAUCGAAGAUAUUAUAAACCCCUGAAGGACCAGUUUGUUAAGGCUGCCCCCCUCCAAAGCGGCAUCGGAAUGGCCCUCCUCCAGAAGAUGGGCUGGAAGCAGGGUGAGGGGCUGGGGAAGAACAAUGAGGGGUCGGUAGAACCACUGGCCCUUGACUUCAAGACAGACAGGCGAGGACUAACAUCCACUGGAGAACAAGUGCCUAAAACUUUCAAAGGUGGUGCUCCUGUAGUUAGAGAUUUAUCAGGUAAACAUCCUGUGUCGGCCCUGGUGGAGCUGUGUAACAGAAGGAAGUGGGGAGCCCCCGUGUUUGAGCUGGUUCACGAGAGCGGACCAGAUCACAAGAAAAACUUCCUGUUUAAGGUAAUAGUCAACAGGACAGAGUACCAGCCCACAAUCGCGAUGAACAACAAAAAAUCCGCCAAAGCAGCGGCCGCCACAUGUUGCCUGCAGGUUCUGGGCCUGGUACCCCGGGACCCACCAAGUUGAUGUGGGGGUACCAUCUCUGUGGUUCCUUUAAGUGUGUGGUACCUUUCUGUGGGUUUGUAUGGAUGGUCAGGGAGUCAUCAAAACGAGUGCAUAAUUAUGCUGUGGUGUACAUGCAUGAUGGGACAUAAUAGACCUGUAUUUAUGAAGUUGAUGGUGGAACAUGAAGUGAUUGAAUGUCUUCAUUUGGAAUGCCAUUGAACUGAAAGAAGAAAAAAUGAUGGAUAUGAAAAAAGAAAGGAAUGGGGGGGAGUGUUAGU